UAUGAUCUGAUGUCACUUUUUCUUUGCAGCUCCUAUACAUCCAGAACAUCCUAUGGGACAGCCGUCGGGCGACAGAUUUUCCACGGGAAUAUCAGGAUCAGGUUUCAUGGACGGCAUGGGACAUGGAGAUAUGUUGGACAUCUCAGGAACUGGAAUGUCUACACCUCACAUCUCUCACUUGGCAUCUGCGAAUCCGUUUAACAUACUUUCGCCGAGUCCACAGCCAACCAGCUCACAAUCCAGCACUAUGGAUUUCAAUACACUCAGCGGCCUUACUAAUGGCAAUAUACAAUUCCCUCCUAAUAUGAAUUUUGAUGAAAUGUCAAGCAUAAGUUCAGUUUCAGGCAGAAAGGACAAUCAUAAAGGAACUUGUGAGGUAUAUAUAGGAAAAACCUGUGCACAGUUCGUAGGAAACCAAUCGGUUUAUAUUAUAUAUCCCAUGACACAGAAAAUGCUCGAGGAGAAAUUAAUGAAGGCCUUUCAAGUUAUCAAUUUCUCAAAUGAGCUCUCGUCAAAUUGCGAAGGAUAUGCGAAGCCGUCGCUUUGCUAUUCUGCCUUUCCGAUUUGCCGCGAUCCAUCUAAUACUAAAAAACCGAAGAACGCGGAAGCGAGCACGCAGCUCUUCAAUCUCCUGAAUUCCAAGCAAGAUGAUUUUUUAGACGACGGAGAUCGCGAUGACACGGAUGAUUUUUCGAGACUGCAUAGUGUUCCUAAACGUAGUCCUACUUUGGGCCCAGUUUUCAAUUUUAUGCCCAAUGAAGAUGGAAAGUCAAGCAACAAGAAAAUAAUUAAUCAGAGUUACGGCGACGCGCGAGCAUCCAGUAGAAAUGAGAUCAAUCGUAAAUUACGAAGGAUAUGUCGGGAGGAAUGCGAAAUGCUGGAGAAUGAGUUGUGCAGAAAGGAAUAUGCGAUAGCGAAAAGACAUCCGUUGAUUGGGCAUCAAGUGCCUUUGGUUGAAUGUUCUGACUUACCACUGGAAGGGACAACUGAGGCUCGUGAUUGCUUAACACUUGGGUUAUCUGUGGUAAACAACGUGCAAGAAAAUGAUUAUUGCUAUUGGGGUAGUGGAAAAUCCUAUCGAGGAACUGUGAAAACAAGCGUUAGUGGAAGAAUGUGUUUGCGGUGGUCUCAUCACUUUAAUCUACCGAUUUCUGAUUAUCCCGAAUUAGCUGGACGUCAUUCUUAUUGCCGGAACCCUGGCGGUAAAGAAAUUCAGCCAUGGUGUUAUGUUGAUGUCAAUAACAGAAUGCAAAAAGAAUUUUGCAGUAUACCUAAAUGUGUUGAGAAUUUAUGGAUUUAUGCGGUCGUUGGUUUUGUACUAACAGGAGGAUUUGUUAUUAUAUUAAUUUGUUAUUGCUGCUGCUACAGAAGUAGGAAAUCCAGAAGGCAAAUGAAUCAUUUACCAUCCAAUAAAAUGUUAACUAGUAUCCAGUGUGAUAAGAAUAUAUAUGAUGGAAGGAGGAGCACAACACAACCUAUGGAAAUGAGUUCUCUUUUGGCAGGGCCUGGUAAUACGACGCCGGGCACUGGCACUUUAAGCAGUGGCAGUAGUAGAACAUCUAAUAAUAGGAUACCGCAAUUUACUACAAAUAAUAUCGUGCUCUUGCAAGAACUUGGUGAAGGCGCUUUUGGAAAGGUUUAUAAAGGCGAAUUGCAAACGGGAAAUAAAUGUGAGCCACCUAUUUAUGUAGCGGUAAAAACACUGAAGGAAAAUGCUACGCCCAAAACGCAAAGCGAUUUUAAAAGAGAAGUCGAAUUGAUGACGGAUCUACGGCAUCCGAAUAUCAUUUGUUUGCUUGGUGUGAUACUGAAAGGGGAACCAAUGUGUAUGCUCUUUGAGUACAUGACUCAAGGAGAUUUGCAUGAAUUUCUAAUCUGUCAUUCUCCGAGAUCGGAUGUUCCAUUAAAUAAUAGUGGCGGAAAAAUUCUGGAGCAACCGGAGUUUUUGCAUAUUGCUUUACAAAUUGCUUCCGGCAUGGAAUAUUUAGCUAGUCAUCAUUACGUCCAUCGUGAUUUGGCAGCAAGAAAUUGCCUAGUAGGCGAUAAUCUAACAGUCAAAAUCUCAGACUUCGGUCUGUCGCGAGAUAUAUAUAGCAGCGACUACUACAGAGUACAAUCCAAGAGUUUACUCCCUGUUCGAUGGAUGCCACCCGAAUCGAUUCUUUAUGGUAAAUUCACUACCGAGUCGGAUGUAUGGAGUUUCGGAGUUGUACUCUGGGAAAUUUACAGCUAUGGAUUGCAGCCAUAUUAUGGAUACAAUAAUCAGGAGGUUAUAGAUAUGAUUCGCUCGCGGCAACUAUUACCAUGUCCUGAAGACUGCCCGACGAUGAUUUACAGUUUGAUGAUCGAAUGCUGGCACGAGGUAGCAAAUCGUAGGCCACAAUUCCCGGAAAUACAUCACCGACUGCAUAAUUGGUACAUAAAUCAAACCUAUUUGAGCGAUUUCUGCAACGAAUCUAUCACCAGUUAUUCCGGCAGCAGUCACAAGAGUACCAACAAGACUAAUUCAACACAACUGUCAGCGCCGAUAUAUAAGAGUGAUCAAAAAACAGGCACAGAACCAGUAAACAUGUGUAAUCUUAACGAUCACAAUAACAUGAUAAAAAUGCUACCACCAACAAAUACUUUUCCAAAUUCUAAUUGCGUUGAGCAGAGACCAAAUUGCGGUUUUAGCACGGAGCAUGGCACGCCGAUAAAAACUUCUAAUUACCAGAAUCCCACUACGAAUGUCAAUCUGAACGAUAUCUAUGACGACAAACAGUGUUGCUCGCCCAAAUUGAGUGGCGCAAAGAAAGUUUUACCUGCGGUAGUACCUCAGUCUGGUAUUCCCAAACCAAACGUGCCUAAUGGCUCAAGACCGAUGCAAAACGGCGCACAAUUAGUUGUCAGGUUACCAGAUCCCAGUAAAGUUACGACUGAAACAAGGGUAUCAAAAUAAACGACUUCAUUCGCAACCACGAAUGAUUCAUCUUCGAUCAAACAAAAUGCAGCUUCUAAUUAGCUGCUUACCAUGUUCGUUCACAACUUCAAGACUUUGGAAUUCAGCAACUCUGUGUAGAUUGUCAUCGAAACAGGCACUGCCAGUUUUAAAAGAGAAAAAAAAGAAGCUGUCACAAGAAUGCGUACGUUAUUCGUAUAUUUGUCGUGAUAUUUGUCAGCGUCAAUGAAAACGUAUGUUUAUUCUUGCGAUACUAUCGGAUACUUUUUUUUCGAUAAUAUUAUAAACGAAUAGGGUAGAUACAAAGAGCUGCUACUACUAAUCAUUGCCAUAUACAUUUAUUUAUUUUUACAAAUAUACACCUAUUUUAUAUUGCCUCUUAUUGUUAGUUCGAAUAACGUAUAUAGUGUGUUUCCUCUUACGAUCUAUUACAUUAUUUUUUUGGAUGUGGUAUUGAACAAACAAGAUAGACACAAAGAGUAGCUACAAUACUUAAUCA